ACGACCAACAAAAUAACUUCUCUCUUAACUAAAUAGCACAUGUUACCACAUCAUGGAGGACUGUGCUAAAACGGCGGACACCAUUUUAGAGGACCAGGACCCCUUCAGCUGCCCAGUGUGCCUGGACCCCCUGGAGGAGCCGGUGACCAUUCCCUGCGGACACAGCUACUGCAUGGGCUGCAUCAGGGACUGCUGGGACCAGGAGGAGACCCACAAACGGGGCGCCGUGGCGGCCUACAGCUGCCCCCAGUGCAGGCAGACCUUCCAGCCCCGGCCGGUGCUCAACAAGAACACCAUGUUCGCCGAGGUGGUGGAGAGGCUGAAGAGGACCAGCCUGCGUGCAGUGGCGCCCCCACCGGGGGGUCCCUGCUGCUACGCGGGGCCGGGGGACGUGGGCUGCGACGUGUGCUCGGAGGGCAGGAAGCAGAGGGCCGUCAGGACGUGCCUGUGCAUCGCCUCGUACUGCGAGACGCACCUCAGGCUGCACGAGGGCCUGCACCCGGGACAGAGCCACAGGAUGAUCGAUCCCUCGGAGCACCAGGUGAAGUUCUGCUCCAGACACGGCAAGAGGCUGGAGGGAUACUGCCGCACGGAUCACAGCUUUGUCUGUCACCUCUGUGUGACGGACGACCACCGAGGACACGACGUGGUGGUGGACCACCAGGGUUGGGUGCAUGUCGACAGCGGGCACAGGAGUCGGGACGGCCACUCGUCUAAUAACAAUCACGGGACUGCUGGGGGUGGGCACAGGAGUGGACAGCAUAGAAGCAGCACCCACCACCAUACCCACCAUAGACACGGAACUGCUGGGCAGGAGAGGGGUGGCGGGCAUGUAAAAAGUGGGCACGGUGGGAGUGGCGGCGGGCAUGAGAAGAAGAAGAGGAAGCAUGGCAGCAGGCAUGGAAAAAGGCAACAUAAGUCAGAUGGGCAUGGGAGCUGGCACCAGGCAGGUCACCAUGAGAAGAGUGGGCAGACUGGGCACUAGGAAGUGCAUGGCACAGGCUCGAGCAGGGUUGGACUGGACAGCUGGCGUGCAGGACAUUUUCCUGGUGGGCCGACCGUACCCAGAGACAGACACUGUUUUUAGUUUUUUAUAUAUAUAUAAAGAUCAGCCCUUAGAUGGGGUGGCCCUUUGGAUAUCUUUAAUAUCAGUGGCCUGAACCAAUCAGGGAGGGAGAGCAGAGCAGUAUAAGUGGCUGGUCUAUGCCAAAAAUGCCCAGGCUGUGUUUCUAUCCCAGUGCAGUCCAUGGGCAUGAGAACGUUGGCACGGCAUUUUUCGUUUCAGUCCAGGCCAGCACAGUCCAGUCAAGUUGCACAGAAAGCGCAGUGGAUCCGCUAUCACUUUGUCAGAUGUCCAACUUGACACAAUGUGAGUAAGGGUGUAGUGUGCUCACCACCUGCUCUACCAACCUCUACUUACACAUACAACACUUGGUCUCCAGAGACAUAGGGUGCGUUCCAAUAUGCGACCUUGCUUCCUCCACUUGUGCUUGUGGCCUC